AGCCAGCCACAUACAAUUCAUGAGACCCCAAAGGACAUCCAGUCCAGCCCCACUCUAACAUAACACACAAGCCCUCCCGACAGAUGGCCAGCCAGCCACAUGCAAUUGAAUACAUAAAAGGGAGGCACCACACAAGCCCUCCCGACAGAUGGCCAGCCAGCCACAUGCAAUUGGAUACAUAAAAGGGAGGCACCACACAAGCCCUCCCGACAGAUGGCCAGCCAGCCACAUGCAAUUGGAUACAUAAAAGGGAGGCACCACACAAGCCCUCCCGACAGAUGGCCAGCCAGCCACAUGCAAUUGGAUACAUAAAAGGGAGGCACCACACAAGCCCUCCCGACAGAUGGCCAGCCAGCCUCAUAGACCCCAAAGGACAUCCAGUCCAGCCCCUUCUGCCAUAAAAGGAAGGCACCACCCAAGCCCUCCCGACAGAUGGCCAGCCAGCCUCAUAUAAUUAGAAGAGACCCCAAAGGACAUCCAGUCCAACCCCCUUCUACUAUAACAGAAGGCACCACCCAAGCCCUCCCAACAGAUGGCCACGCAGUCUGUAUUACAUUAGAAUUAGGAGGGAAACCCAAAGGCCUUCCAGUCCAAACCCCUUCCACUAUCAAGGAAGGCACCAUCCAAGCCCUCUUGACAGAUGGCCAGCCAGCCUCCUACAGUUGGAAGAUUAUACAUUAACUGGCUAUUAAACAUGAGAGGUGGGAGGGGACCCCAAAGGACAUCCAGCCCAGCCCCCUUCUGCCAUCAAAGGAAGGCACCAUCCAAGCCACCCCCCCUCCCCGACAGAUGGCCAGCCAGCCUCCUACAAUUGGAAGAUUAUACAUUAAUUAUACAUUAGAGGUGGGAGGGGGCCACAAGGGCCAUCCAGUCUGACCCCAUUGUGCUAGGAAGAGGGCCAAGCAGGAUAUCCAGUCCAGCGCCCUUCUGCCAUCAAGGAAGACACUAUCAAAGCCCUCCCGGCAGAUGACCAGGCGGAAAUAUAAUAUCCCAUCCCUCCAGCCUCAGACGUGUGAGUUUUCCAGCCACGUGAAAUCACGCCAUAUGCUCUCGUGUGCACAUUUGAGGUGUCCUGAAGGAUUUGAUGCCGCUGCGGUCUCUGAGCACAGAUGGCAGAGAAGCAUUUUGGAAGGAAAAGGCAGAAGAAGGACGUCAUUUGCUGGGAAGAAGGAGGAGGAGGCCUGGGGACCCUGUAACAUGACACGAGGCAGGUUGGCUUAUAUUUGGAUCAGCUUAUACGCGAGAAUAUAUGAUUCCCCAGUGUUUUUGACUCUGGUCCUUCCAGGUGAUUUGGAAUCAAGGCUUUCAGUUUGCAAACCAACAGGUUCCAAACACAGGACGAGGGUCCCUCCAAUGCCGCAGAGCCCGGAUGCCCCCCAACUGUUUGACGACACCAGUUCGACCUAUGGCCUGCCGCAGGCGGGGUACCCCACCCCAGGAAUCGACAUGGGCUUCAACCAGAUCUUUGCAGACCCCGUGGCCAACGUCGCCAUGGCCUACGGCACCAGCAUCGCAUCCCAAGGCAAAGAUAUCAUGCACAAGGAGAUCCACCGGUUCAUGUCCAUUAACAAGUUGAAGUACUUCUUUGCAGUGGACACUACAUACGUGAUGAAGAAGCUGGCUCUUCUGGUUUUCCCUUACAUGCACCAGAACUGGGAGGUCCGCUACCAUCGCGACUUGCCUCUCACGCCCAGGCAGGAUGUCAAUGCGCCCGACCUCUAUAUUCCAAGUAUGGCCUUUAUCACCUAUAUUCUGUUGGCCGGGAUGGCCCUUGGUCUACAGAAGAGGUUUUCUCCGGAGGUGCUUGGGAUGUGCGCCAGCACCGCCUUUGUGUGGGUGGUCAUCGAAGUCCUUGCGCUCCUCCUGGGCCUCUACUUGGCCACGGUUCACAGCGACCUCGGCACAUUCGACUUGUUGGCUUACUGCGGCUACAAAUAUGUCGGGAUGAUCCUUGCUGUGAUAGGCGGCUUGAUCUUCGGCAGCAACGGGUAUUAUAUAGCCUGGGCCUGGGCCUCUUGUGCCCUGAUGUAUUUCAUGGUACGUUCCUUGCGGAUGAAGAUCCUCCCUUCGAUGGUGCAAGAGGGGCUAAGCCGACCCAGCGGGCGGGCGCAGAUGUAUGUGACUCUUGCGGCCGCGGCCUUCCAGCCCCUGAUCCUCUAUUGGCUGACGGUGCAGCUGGUGCAUUGAAACCCGGCGGAGUCAGGUGCUGGACUAUGGGACUGCCCUUUGGAAACUGGGGACAUGUGCGGCUUGUCUCUGCCAGAUUUCAGAGUAUGUGCUCCGUGUCUUCAGUAUCGUCCUUGACGGUCUUUGGAGGAGGAAAACAAUCAGAGAUGCGAAGUUAGGAAGUAGCGACACCACGCCUACCACAUCCCAGGCUCUGUACUGGCCCAAAGGUGCGAGAGUCUCGGUCUGUUUCAUUUCUCUUUACUCAGAACUUUCUCAGGACUGAUAGGAAUCAGGAGUAUAAUUUGUCCCCUGGAUCAGCCUCCUUUCUCCGUCUCUUUUCUCCCUACCUUUGCUUCUUCCAAUUUGGGAAAACAGAUUGGAUCUGGCUUUUGUUUGGAGUAGACAUGGAUAGGGCUUGGGCGUUUUUGUUUCAGUUUUGAGCAGUAAAGACUUGACAUUCUCUUGUUCACAACUUAGGCCACUGUUGCACAACCCACAUGGGUUUUAUCGUUCAUAUAUAUAUGUUUUGUGUUUCAUUCCCAUUCUACUAAAUCCAAACCUGCAAAGUCAAUGCUCAUCAAGGUGGCCAAUUGAAACAUUUCACGCCUGCCUCAAACAGACAAGAGUUCUUUCUUUCUCCCACCCUCUUGCCUAGCUUCCAACAGACCUCACAAUCUCUGAGGAGGCCUGCCGUAGAUGCAGGCAAAACGUCAGGAGAGAAUGCUUCUGGAACAUGGUCGUACAGCUUGGAAAAGGCACAACCCAACUCUCUAUGUUAGGGCUAUACUCAUAAUGGCCUGCAGAUGGCAGUAGACACUUCAAAAGGACUCAGAAAAUUUUAUUGAAGGCUUUCAUGAGUUUUCCGAACUGUGUGGCCAUGUUCCAGAAGCAUUCCCUCCUGAUGUUUCACCCGUAUCUAUGCCAGGCAUCCUCAGAGGUUGAGGGGUCUGUUGGAAACUUACUUACUUACUUGGCCGGAAUCACUAGGUUGCAGUCAGUUUUCCAGGCUGUACAGCCAUGUUCUGGAAGCAUUCUCUCCUGACAUUUCGCCCCUACCUAUGGCAGGCAUCCUCAGAGUUUGUGAGGUCAGUUGGAAACUAGGCAAGUGGGGUAUAUAUUUCUGAACUUUGAGUAGCUGAGUUUUCCGAGCUGUCUGGUCACGUUCCGGAAGCAUUCUCUCCUGACGUUUCGCCCGCAUCUAUGCCAGGCAUCCUCAGAGUUUGAGGGGUCUGCUGGAAACUAAGUGAGUGAGUGUAUUAUCGAAGGCUUGCAUGGCCGGAAUCACUAGGUUGCGGUCAGUUUUCCAGGCUGUACGGCCAUGUUCUGGAAGCAUUCUCUCCUGACAUUUCGCCCCCACCUAUGGCAGGCAUCCUCAGAGGUUGUGAGGUCGGCUGGAAACUAGGCAAGUGAGGUAUAUAUUUCUGAACUUUGAGUAGCAGUGAGUUUUCCUUGCUGUCUGGCCACGUUCCGGAAGCAUUCUCUCCUGACGUUUUGUCCACAUCUAUGGCAGGCAUACUCAGAGGUGGUCAUACCUCACAACCUCUGGGGAUGCCUGCCAUAGAUGGGAGAGAAACAUCAGGAGAGAAUGUUUCUGGGACAUAGACAGCCCGGAAAACUCACCGCAACUAAGUAAGUGAGGUUUAUAUAUCAGGCAAAACAUCAGGAGGGAAUGCUUUGGGAACAUGGCUGUACAGCGGGGAAGACUCAGGAAAUGCUUUGGGCCAGUACUUAGCUGGGUUUAAGGGUACGCUUUUGGCAUUUUUGGAAUGCUUUCUCCCUUGCGGACGGUUCCUCCCCCUUUUGCGAUAUCCACCAAUCUCUCAGCAAGUGCCUGAAGAAGAGGGAACCCCACAUGCAACACAACAAACAUGUGAGUGAGAAGCUGGUGCCACACUUUCCUCAUCCUCUCGAGCUUUUCAAAAUAUUUAUUUGGGAGGAAAGAAAUUCAGUCUGGAAUGUAGCGAUGGAGGUGACUUUCCUCUCCUCGCCGUAGCUUUCAUUGCUGCAACGUGUGACACAGACUUGGCUGCGAUUCCCAUCGUCCCCAAAGUAUUGUGGUCUGGAGACAGGAGAAACCAUCUUGCUCGUUUGGAGGUGACUGAUAAUUAUGGAUAAUAAUAUUUGAAUGUUUGAUGUUCACGAGCCAGAUUGGAUCAAAUUGGGCUAGAAGAGGCCAACUUGGGCCCUCCCUCCAGGUGUUUUGGACUCCAACUCCCACCAUUCCUAACAGCCUCAGGCCCUUUCCUUUUCCCCCUUGGCUGCUUAAUGGAUCAUCCACAAUGUUUUCUGGGUCAUUUGAUGGUUUGGAUGCCGUUACUUUGACGUCUGAAGCUCAUAAAUGGUUUCCAUGUCUUCUCAAAGAGAUCAUUUUGUGAUUAUUAUUAUUAUUAUUAUUAUUAUUAUUAUUGCUAAUCAUCUAUAUAAAUAAAAAUACAGGGUGCUUGAAAAAACUCCCUAUUUCACCAUUUAAUUAAAUGGUGAAAUAAGGAGUUCUUUUUCAGACACCCUGUAUAAUGUCCGUCCGUUAGGGACAUCAUAUCUCCCAAAAUAUUCCACCGCUUGCUAUGAAAUUUGGAAACAUAGCAUUCGAACUGACGAGUGUUUUAAGCCUACUCUCACAAACCUGACCCACCUGCGAAAGGUAAAAACAAGCCACUUUUUUUUUAUCUGCUGCAUCACCCUAUUGGCUCAUGUCUAGCUAGUGGUCUACUAAGAUGAUGGUGAUGAUAAUAAUGUCCCAAUCGUAUAUAAAUAGAAAUCAGUGGUUCUUCUCUUGAAGUAUAAGGACAAGUUUUUCAUGUGAGUAAAUGUCCAUACUCGCCACAGAAUAAAACUCCUUGCAAUAAAAACAAGCUGAUCCACCUACCCAGAAAACUGAUUGUGAACUUCUCGCCUUAAAAGUUGAACCUUUUCUGUUUAUUUAAACCCAACCGCCUGACAAAGACUCCUGUGAAUUGAAACCGGUUGCAGGUUUGAGUCAAGUUAUAUGGAAACUGGAGUCUACUCAUAUAAUAAAGAAUAGGACAUUUACUCACAUGAAAAACUUGUCCUUAUACUUCAAGAGAAGAACCACUGAUUUCUACUUAUAUACGAUUGCGACAGUCCUGUUUUUUGGAUAUACAUUGAGUUCUUUGGAUAUACAUUGAGUUUGUUUGAUUAUUUUCAUAUCACCACAAGCAGUGGAUUUUGGUCUUCAUAGUUUAGAGGAACCCAUUGUCCUUUUAGGUAAUGAUAAUAAUAGCAUUCGAACGGACGAGUGUUUUAAGCCUACUCUCACAAACCUGAUCCACCUGAGGAAGGUAAAAACGAACCCCUUGGCUUUUUCAGCUGCUGCAUCACCCUGUUGGCUCAUGUCUAGCUAGUGGUCUACUAAGAUGAUGGUAAUGAUAAUAGCAUUCGAACUGAUGAGUGUUUUAAGCCUACUCUCACAAACCUUACCCACCUGAGGAAGGUAAAAGCGAAUCCCUUUUACCAUCCUAUGAGAGGCUUCUCUAUAUAUCUGUGGAAGGUCCAGGGUGGGGAAAAGGAAGGGGCCUGAGGCUGUCAGGAAUGGUGGGAGUUGGGAGUCCAAAACACCUGGGCCAAUGUUUGCCCAUGCCGGGGUAGAAGCCCACCCUGAUAUUCUCAAAUAGUAAUAUUAACCAAUUCCCUCUUCAUGUGUGUAUACUUGGAGAAAUGCGAUGAAUAAACUAUUUCUUUCACCUUU